AUGUCUUCCCCAGCUAAUCAAAACGAUGCACAGUCGACCCCGAUGCCAUUUGCACAUUCUUCCUCCGCUGUCGAACCUGAACAGAACAAUUUGAAAGAAAAAAGGCUGGAUGCGCUCGAGGUGACCGAGAAGUCUAGUCCAUCAAACUCCUUGCAACAAAUCCUCCCUCCUCCAGAAUGGAAAUACGCCAAGUUUUUCCCCGGUGGAUACUCGCCAACCCGUCAACUGCCCUUCAAGGGUCAGAAUAUGACCUGGGCUGUCAACAUCGUAGCCGGAAUUGCCAUCAUGUUCUACGGAUUUGAUCAGGGUGUUAUGUCCGGUGUCAACAACACGAUCAAUUAUCAAGAAAAGAUGGGUAUAUUCAGCCAGCCUCAGACUGACGGCGAUGCUGCCAAGAUUGGAGGCAUCGUGGCUGUCUAUUAUGGGGGAACGUUCAUCGGAGCCUUGAUCGGUGGAUCACUUGGUGAUCGGAUCGGACGGCUCAAAACCAUCGUCUUUGCUUGCUUUUGGGCCAUCAUUGGUGCCGCUCUACAAGCCUCGGCACAAAAUGUAUAA